CUUAUAGCUGCUCUUUGCUUUCCACACUCAGACAGCAGAUCCCAGAGGAACGGACUGCCAGGCCCUGCCAGCUUCUGGGCUUUGCCUACUCUGUGCCUGCUGUUGUCCAACAGCUUCUGCCUUUCUCUUGUCCUGUUAAACCUCACCACCACCACCACCCCAGUCUGAAAUUUGCCCAGCUCAGAUCUCACCCCAUCUCCUUCUUCUGAGCAGCUGUGAAGCCAGGAGGAGAUAGGCCAUGGCUGCGUACCUGCUGGCAGUUGCCAUCCUCUUCUGCAUCCAGGGCUGGCCAUCGGGGACAGUGCAGGGACAAGCGAUGCCCUUUAUGGAAGUGUAUGAACGCAGCGUCUGCCAGACCAGGGAGAUGCUAGUGUCCAUCCUCGAUGAGCACCCCGAUGAAGUUGCCCACCUCUUCAGGCCCUCCUGUGUCACCGUGUUGCGAUGCGGUGGCUGCUGCGCCGACGAAAGCCUCACGUGCACCGCUACAGGAAAGCGCUCCGUCGGUCGGGAGAUCAUGCGGGUGGAUCCCCGCAAGGGGACUUCGAAGAUAGAGGUGAUGCAAUUCACGGAGCACACGGAGUGUGAAUGCAGGCCAAGAAGCACAGUGAACAACGGGAAGCGCAAGAAGAACCCAAAGGAAGGGGAGCCGAGAGCCAAGUUCCCCUUGGUCUGAUCAGCUUUUGACUCCGGGAGCCCUUUGAGGCUUCACAGCCCACCAAGGUGGGGAGGCUCUGGUCUGCAAAGCCAGCUGGGGACGGCCCUGGGUCCCUGUUCUCCUCUUUCUGAUGCUGGGGGUGGGUGGGAAAGGGAGGCAUCUCCAACAUCUGGAGAAGUUGCUAUGUAUCCAUCUACACUUCUAUGACAGCCGGGCCUGGCCUGGCCUCUUCCAUGUUUGUUGACCUGCAAAACACAUCACUCCCAGGCUGCAAGGCCAGAACUGAAGAGCGAAGGCAGCUUCCUUCUCCAGUAACUCAGGAAUCGAGUUUGAAUUUCUGGCAUCCGAAAGCCUCUUUGACCAGCUAACUCCUCAGAGUUUGCCAUUUUGUGUCAGCCUUAAUAGCUUGUAGUAAAAUUGUCCUUGUAAUACACAAUUUUUAAAAUUAAGAUUUGCUAUCUCCCGACCCCUCAUCAGGGGAGCUGGGGAAAAACAUUUAGUUUCUUUUAAAGAAUGUGGAAUUAUGUCUUUUAGCCCCGUCUGGAUCUGCAUGACUUUCAGAGCCUUGGAAUAAAUGGAGUAAACUAAA